AUGUCUAACAAAACGAUAAAACAAUCCGCGCAUGAGCGACGGAAAGGCGAGGCCGCGCUCAGCGACUUCGCCGAGUACGUCGAGAAGCAGCAGGCCCUGCGCUACCCGACCGCAACGACAACAGCAGCAUUAUCAGGAGCAACGACCACCGGUGCCCGAGAGGAUGAGCUUGAGCACCACGAGGAACUGGACGAUAUUCUCGACGGCCUAGAUCUCUCCGACCCUACGCCACAGGUGAGGUUACGAGAGCUGCUGCUUUCUAGUGAUGGUGAUGAGGAGGCACGGGAGGGGCUGGCCGGGAUUCUCAAGGAGCGAUUAUUAGAGGGCAAGGGCGAAACCGUAUUCGACGUCGGGUUUGAGAACAACGGCGAGAGCCUGCGGUUGUCCCGCAGCGAAUGGGACCAGGCCCGCCAAAGGUUAGAGGAGGCCGCCCGGCGGCUGCGCGCGGAUACGCAGUUACUGUUGACGAAGAAUGUGGGGGGCGAGUUGGAUGGGGUCCCAACUAAAGACUGCGAUUGCAGUGGUAAGUUUAUGGUCCGCCAGGUCCCUGGUACGGUCGAGGAUGUGAUCGAGACCAGGAUAGCUGUCGUUGGGAAUGUCGACGCUGGCAAAAGCUCCAUGCUGGGGGUUUUAGUCAAGGGUGACCUGGAUGAUGGUCGUGGUAAGGCACGCGUCAACCUGUUUCGCCACAAGCACGAGAUUGAGACCGGGCGGACGUCGUCGGUCGGCAUGGAGAUCAUGGGCUUCGACACCACCGGGCAGGUCGUGGUCUCCGACACCCCGGGCCGCAAGCUGUCGUGGGAGGAGGUGGGGCGGCACAGCGCCAAGGUCAUCACGUUCACGGAUCUAGCAGGCCACGAACGGUACCUGCGUACUACGGUAUUUGGGCUACUGUCGAGCAGCCCCAACUACUGCCUGCUUAUGGUGGCGGCUAAUAACGGGUUGAUCGGCAUGAGCAAAGAACACCUGGGCAUCGCGCUGGCACUCAACGUGCCAGUGAUGGUGGUUAUCACCAAAAUCGACAUCUGCCCGCCGCAGAUUCUUGAGCAGACUAUCACACAGAUCACCCGUAUCCUCAAAAGCCCCGGAGCUCGCAAGAUUCCUAUCUUCAUCAAGAACCAUGAGGAUUGCAUCAACACGGCCACACAGUUCGUUAGCCAGCGUAUCUGCCCUGUAUUCCAGGUCUCCAAUGUGACGGGCGAGAACCUCGAUCUCGUCCGCACUUUCCUCAACAUCCUCCCACAGCACGGGCGCUACGACGCGGGCGCCCCGUUCGAAUUCCAUGUGAACGACACCUUCAGCGUACCGCACAUCGGCACCGUCGUGUCGGGCAUCGUCAAGUCUGGCGUUAUCCACACCGGCGACGAGGUCCAGAUUGGCCCGGACUCGCUUGGCCGCUUCACGCAGACAUCUAUCCGGUCCAUCGAGCGGAAACGUAUUGGUGUGCCGGCCGCGUCCGCUGGCCAGUCGGCCACGUUUGCCCUACGUCGCGUGCGGAGGAAGGAUGUGCGGAAAGGUAUGGUGGUGUUGUCUAAGACGGAGGGCGCGGCGCCUAAGGUGUACCGCGAGUUUGUUGCCGAAGUACUCAUCCUCUCUCAUGCAACCACCAUCAAAACAAAAUACCAAGCCAUGCUACAUGUCGGCCCCGUAUCCCAGACCUGCGCCAUCAUCGACGUCGACCGCCCCUUCAUCCGCACUGGUGAUCGUGCCACCGUUGCCUUCCGUUUCGUCCAACGCCCUGAGUAUCUUGCUCCCGGCGAUCGGCUUCUAUUCCGCGAAGGCCGUACCAAGGGGCUAGGAAUUGUCAAAAGCGUUGGGUAUGAUCCAGCACAGCCGUUGAUGCCGAAGCAGGCGGAUGCUGCUGGGGGACAGGAGGAGACAGAGAACGGGGGUGCAGAUGAGUCGGGAGCGGGCUCUGGGAUAGGUGAACAACAGAGCGUGCGAGCUUAA